AUGUCAACUCUGAAAGAACUGUGUUCAGGAAUUCAAAUAGACCCACUGCCCGAACCUAAACCUCGUGAUGACAGUGUUCCACAUGCGCCAGUGCGGUCUCCAGAUCUAAACAAGGAUGAGGAAAGACUAGCUAUUCAGAAUGCCCUUCGAUACUUUCUACCAAAGUAUCAUGAAAUAUUGGCGCCAGAAUUUGCAAUUGAGCUGCGGACAUAUGGACAUAUCUAUAUGUACCGCUUCAGACCACAAAUUGAGAUGAGAGCCUAUCGUUUGUCUGAGUAUCCAGCCAAGUGUGUUGAAGCAGCAGCCAUAAUGCAUAUGAUAAUGAACAAUCUGGACCCAAGAGUCGCCCAGUAUCCCCACGAGCUUGUUACUUAUGGGGAUAACGGGCAAGUGUUUUCCUGCUGGGUUCAGUUUCUACUGACCAUGAAAUACCUGUCAGAGAUGACCAGUGAUCAGACUCUAGUCAUGUACUCUGGACAUCCAAUGGGACUUUACCCCAGCUCCCCUAAAGCCCCUAGAAUGGUCAUCACAAACGGAAUGAUGGUGCCAAACUACUCAAGUGGAGAUAUGUACUACAAGUUAUUUGCUAUGGGUGUGACCAUGUAUGGCCAGAUGACUGCUGGUAGUUACUGCUAUAUUGGACCUCAGGGCAUCGUUCAUGGCACCAUGUUAACUAUCCUGAAUGCAGCAAGAAAACACUUUGGGACAAGCAACUUGUCUGGAAAAGUGUUUGUCAGUGCUGGGCUGGGUGGGAUGAGUGGUGCACAGGCUAAAGCUGCUGUCAUCUGUGGGUGUAUUGGGGUCAUUGCCGAGGUCAGUGAAGAGGCCUUAGUGAAGCGUCAUAAGCAAGGCUGGGUAAUGGAAGUUGUCGAUGACUUAGACAAUUUAAUGGCCUUGGUGAGGAAUGCAAGGAGACGUAAAAGGGCAGUAAGCAUAGGUUAUCAUGGAAAUGUGGUGGACGUAUGGGAACGUUUAGUGAUAGAAUAUGAGUCAAAGAGAGAUCUGCUUGUUGAUCUGGGAUCAGACCAGACCUCGUGUCACAAUCCUUUUCAUGGUGGUUACUACCCGGUUCAGCUCAGCUACCAACAGUCAAGGGACAUGAUGCACCAAGAUCCUGCCAGAUUCAAAAUACUUGUCCAGGAAAGCCUUUGUCGUCAGAUAAAAGCAAUCAACAGACUGGCAUCCAGAGGAAUGUUUUUCUUUGACUACGGGAAUGCUUUUCUUCUUGAAGCUAGCAGGGCAGGUGCAGAUGUUGGUCGGCAGGAGGGCUUUCAUGGGACAACUUUCAGAUACCCAUCAUAUGUACAGGACAUUAUGGGAGAUAUCUUCUCUCUGGGAUUUGGACCGUUCAGAUGGGUGUGUACAUCAACUGAUCCCAGUGACUUGGCAAAGACAGAUGAGAUUGCAGCUACAAUUGUUGAAGACCUUGCUAAACAGAAAGCACCUCAGGGAGUCAAGCAGCAGUAUGAAGACAAUGCCAAGUGGAUUAGAGAAGCAGAUCAACAUAAAAUGGUUGUAGGUUCUCAAGCCAGAAUUCUCUAUUCUGACCAAGAAGGAAGGAUUGCAAUUGCUUUGGCAUUCAACAAAGCUGUGGCUGAAAAACAUCUUCAAAGUCCAGUAGUCAUCAGCAGAGACCAUCAUGAUGUCAGUGGCACAGACAGUCCGUACAGAGAAACUUCAAAUAUCUAUGAUGGCUCAACCUUUUGUGCAGAUAUGGCAAUACAGAAUGUCAUAGGGGAUAGCUUCAGGGGAGCUUCCUGGGUGGCUAUUCACAAUGGAGGAGGUGUUGGCUGGGGAGAGGUUAUCAAUGGUGGCUUUGGGCUUGUACUGGAUGGGUCAGAGGAAGCAGGAAAGAGAGUGCAAGAGAUGCUUUCAUGGGAUGUCAGUAAUGGGGUUUCUCGACGUUGCUGGGCAGGAAACCACAAUGCUAAAAUCACCAUACAGCGUACAAUGGACGCCAACCCCAAGUUGAAAGUUACUAUGCCAUAUAACAUAGAAGAUGACACGUUGCUGGACAGAGCACUGAAUCCAAGCUUCUAA